AUGGCGCGGGGAGCCUACUUCGCCAGUCCAAACUUUGCCCUUGGUCUCGCGGCUAUGUCCCCCUCCCAACGCACGCACGCACUUAGCUAUUGCCUAAGUCCUUACACUAACAACAAAGGCAGCGAAGCAGAACACCACAACACACACCCCAAGUCCAAGCCCAAGCAUAAGCAUAAACACCGUCCAUACCACCAGAUAAUUCGCUGCAUGCUGAAUCGCAGUUUGGCUACCUCGCCAUUCCCAUCUUACUCGCUCACGGCUAUGUCCAACUUCCUGCCCUCGCACGCACGUCCUUACGCAUUACCUACUCUUAAGUCUGCACAAAACAGUAGCGACGAAGAUGACGACGCGACGACGCGAAACAACAUCCAAACCGCUCGAUUCCACGCACAGGCGGAAGUCUAAACAACCUC